CACCACCAUCUAUCUACAUUCUUUAUUAUAAAACCACAGAGCCUCGCUCUGUAAUUAGAAAAGAAAAAAAGAGAAAAGGAAAAAAAAUGGACGCUCAAGCCUACCUUAUCCGCCACGGCUGGUCCGGCCCUGGCAACCCACUCAACCCCUCGCGCCGCCCAGGAACACACAGCGGCCUCGGUCUGACGAAACCGAUUCUCAUCUCGCGCCGGACAGCGAACCAGGGGGUCGGGAAAGUGACGACCAAAGAUCCUACGAAUCAGUGGUGGUUGCGUGGGUUUGAGGAUGCACUCAAGGGCGUGGGAGAGGAGAAGGAUGCGAAUGCAGCGACUGGAUCUACGGCAGCGACGAAUAAUGCGUUAACGAGCGAGCUGUAUCGGUUCUUUGUCCGGGGGGAAAUUCUCCAGGGAUCACUGAGGGUCAAGGAAGCGGAAGCGGAAUCGAAUACAACGACGGAAUCGGAGUCGAGUUCGAAGAAGAAAACGAAGCGGAAACGCGACGAUAGUGAUGAUUUGGAGGGGAAGAAGAAGCAGAAGACAAGGUCUAGCGGGAAGUCAGAUGACUUGAAAGAAAAGAAAGAAUCGAAGGAAGAACGGCGACAAAGGAGGAAAGAGAAGAAGGAGAGGAGGGAGAGAAAGAUGAUUGAGAAGGCAGAGAAGGCGAGGCUGAAAGAGGAGAAGAAAAAGCUGAAGAAAGAGAAGAAGAAGAAAGAGCGUGAAGGCGAGGCGGAUGAGAAAACCGCCGAAGCAGACUAUCCCACGCCAUCGUCUACAGAUCUUGAGCAGGUUGAUGGGAAGAAGAGCGAAAGAAAGAGCAGGAGCAAGAGCAAGAGUAAGACUGGAAGUGAGAAGGAGCCCAAGUCGGACAGUUCAAAUUCCAAGGAGAAGAGGAAAAAAGGACAAUGACAGGACCAAGUCUUGAUUCCUGACUCUUCUGCUUUUCUUACCGAGCUCCUGCUUUCGUUGAUGUAUAUACCUGAGCAUUUGCAUAUACCCUGCAAUACAUAGAGAAUAUUUAUUUCUGAAGACAUACA